AUGGGCUCCUAUACUUCAUCCAAAGACCGUUCUGGUAGUACCAGUGGAGGCAGCUCCAGUUCAACAGAUACUCAUGAUUCCGAUCGGUCAAAGAGUACAGCACCGACAGCAAUCAGCGACCGUACAAUCAUAACGGCCAAAUAUCAAAAUUGGAACGGAUUUGAAGAAGAGACCGAAAAGGAUGAAUCCGAAUCCGAAUCUGAAUCUGGCCCUCGAGACUCAGUCUCCACAUAUGCAUCUACUACUCAUUCAACGACAGAUGCCGAAGAGCCACUCUAUGAAGUCGGUGACCGCCAGGAAAUUUUCCCAACAGACGCUCUCUCAUCAACACCGACUUCAUUUGCAAGUCUGUUCCCCUCGUCGCGAAGACUGUUAAUUCGACACGACGACGCCACUCUAGAUGGAAACAUGAAUCUACGAGUCGACACCUCAGUCCCCUGUCGCGGCGGCUACCAGCAAGAAGUUAUCCUAUUCCAUCUCCGUAUGUACGAUCUGUUCUCCAGAAAGUUCUCGCUGCGUCGGUACUGUCGCGACUCAGGCCGUGAAGUCUGCCACACAGCCCGCAAAGCAGCCUCUACAUCCCAGGAUAAAAGGCCCAUACUGCGCCGCUCAUGGAGCAGCGUCCUAGCAAGUCUCCGACCAGGCCCUCAUAGCCACAGCCACAAUCACGCGCAUGGCGAUAGUCUCAAGCGCCAGAGCUCGAACUGGGAAGGUGGCCAUUGCCGCGAACAUGGGAAUGCAACGGACAUCAAGAGCCCUGUGCUUGAAGACACCAUCUUGAUGGAAUUCGCCAACUACGCACAUGUAGAGCUGCGACGGCGCGGGCCUUGGAAUGCUAAGCGGUACGAAUAUGAAUAUUGGUCUACAAAGUACCAGUGGCGACGCGAGUUCCGGAAAGAAGGUGAUCUGCGAGAAGUGUCGUAUCACCUUGUUGAUACCCGUACCUCAAAAACGAUCGCACACAUGGUGCCGUGGAUUCUGGCUCCAUUGGAGGUUAUCGAGGAGGAAAGUAAGGGUGGUUGGGUUCCGCCGUGCUCGCUGUGGAUAAGUGACCCGCUCGUUUAUGAACGGAUGUCCGAUAUUGCCGAGUGA